GCCAUAAAAACUGGUACACCGAAUGUACGUUAGACGUCGAUUGUAUUCGGCAAAGGUAUUUUAGGUUGCCUGACCUAGAUUUAGCUUAACUUGUUCAUCAUAUAGUAAGGCAAUAUUAUCGACCAUUUUAAUGUUUUUUGAACAUAACAUAAAAACAGUCAAUAUUAUUUUACAUAUUAUUUUUUAAAUGAUGACUUUUUAAUCGCCUCAUAUGAAGCUUUGCUUAUUCUUAAAAAACGCAGUGGCAUAACUGGAAAAACAGAUUAUAUUUAAAAAAGGGCAACCCUCUUAUCACCAAGCAAUGGCGACAAAUGACUACAAAUACAGUUCCAGAAAGCCUUUAUUGCGUGAUCUCAAAUUCUUUGAAUUGUACGCAUGAUAAGCAUUUAUAAAAUCGACUUACCCAACUGAUCAGUUGGCAUUCCGUCAAUGGAGAUCGUUGUAAUCGGAAUGGCAUUCAUUCUGCUGCUAUUGGCACUUUUUCCCCUACUGGGGUCAACGCAAUUUCUUGAUUCGGAAUGUGGUACACGCUCUCCAUUGAAGCUUGGACCUCGUGUAGUUAACGGCAAAGUCGCGGUUAGAAACUCUAGUCCUUGGAUGGCAUUUUUGCAUACGUCGAGUAAUCAAUUCAUUUGCGGCGGAACUCUUAUAUCUCGAAGACUGGUACUAACUGCAGCUCACUGUUUUAUUCCGAAUACCACAAUCGUUGUUCGUCUGGGCGAGUUUAAUAGAAAGCUAAAAGGAUAUCGAGAGGAGCAUCAAGUGGAUAGGACCUUUCAGCACCGCCUUUACGAUCAAAACACGCAUGCCAAUGAUAUAGCCCUACUGCGACUGCUGUCCAAUGUAGUUUAUAAAGCGAACAUCAGGCCUAUUUGCAUUAUGUGGGAUGUGUCGUGGAAACAUCAUAUCGAUAGCAUUAAGGUGUUAACUGGCACUGGAUGGGGAAGAACUGAAUCGAUGCAUGACAGCAAUGAGCUUAGGACACUGGACAUUUCGCGGCAGCCUUCAAAAAUGUGCGCGUUUGGCAGCGUUUUGAGCAAUCAAUUUUGUGCCGGAAAUUGGAACAGCAAUCUUUGCAUCGGCGAUACUGGUGGUCCUGUGGGAGCAAUGAUUCGUUAUAGAAGUGCAUACCGCUUUGUUCAAGUAGGUAUAGCCAUAACUAACCAAAGGUGCCAGAGACCUAGUGUAUAUACUGAUGUCAUGGGCCAUAUCGACUUUAUCCGUCGUAUAUUUUUGUCGCAGAACGGCAACGAUAGGAUCCAGACGACACUAAAGCCAGAUAAAGAGCCGGAAUUCGAUUGGAAUAAUCCUUAUCCUAUACUCUGGUAGGCCUCUUACAAAUAAUGUGUUCUUAUUAUAUUUAACAGGUCAUAAAAUUAGUUUAAGGCCAUGGUAGCUCAUCAAACUACCUUCUUAUAUGCUGACCUAAUUGUGUUGCAUUGAAGAAUUUUUAAUUUUUGUUAAGUUUAUGAGCAAAAAACCAAAAUUACCGAAGCUAUAGAUGCUCCAAGCCCGUUUGCUUGCAUUUAAGCCCAAAUAUUUAAGCCUGCAGCCAAUAUGGUGGCUAACCCCUUAAUAGAACGUGAGGGAUUUUUUGCCACGUCAUUGAAAAUACGCAAUAAAAUCAAAUCAUGCUCAAAAUUUGAUGAAUAUUCAUGGCAUUAAAAGCUCUUGAAUUAUUAACGACGAGCAUAUUCAGUUGGCCAAAUGCUCUUCGGCAAAAGCACUUGCCCAUCCACACCCCCUGUGUGGUAACCUCAUGCAUAUUCCCGUACUAUCAUCUCCGUCGAAGGCAGAAAGUGUUCAAUAAUGAAUUUUUGACAAUGCUUCCCUAGCAGCGGCGACCUCGAGUAACCGGCAGAAGGUGGAAAAGCUGCAAAAAAAAAUGGUCUGUGAAAGGGGGCUAACAACCCUUAAAUGGGUCUGCAAUUUCACCUUUGCCAGGACUUUAUAGUGAAGAGUCAUUGAAAAAUGCUUUUGGCAGAGUGCAUCCGUCUGAUCCCCAAAACUGAAAAGAGCAAUGCAAGUGAAAGGGCCAACAAAGGCGCUGAUUAGACGAUGGAGGAGACAAAAGAAGGAAAAUGUCGUCCUGGAUGCAUGUUAAUUGAGACAGAGGAAUGGGAUUUGUGUCGAGCGUAUGCAGAAUGAUUCUGCCUGGAAAAUUACUCUUAUUGCUCUUCUUACAAUCACAUUUCUAAGAAGUCCUUAACUUGCAUGUGUUUUAAAACAAAUUGUUCUCUCACGAACACAUCGUUUUCUUAAACUUUGUAAGCGCAAUGCCUGCAAAAAAAACUCAGAAAAUAAGUUCUUGACAGGCAACAAUCAAUUUUUUUAAUAUUAUUAUUGUUUAUGUUUACUUUUGUUUCAUUGGACGCACAAAAAGCUAGACUGUGUAGACGGCACAACGUGGGUGUAGAGCCCACACAUUGAUAUUUCGUUUUAAAAUCAUAAAAAAAAUGGUAUAAAUUACUCAUAAUCAAAUAGUCGAAAGUCAGACAGUUGUUAAAAAGGUGUUCUGUUCACAUUAAACAAAGAGCAUAUGUUUUAUUUUAUAACAAGUAUAAGCGUUGGACUUAGUAAUUACAAUAAGAGUGAUUCAUAAUACCGAAUAUACAUUUUAAACGACCUAAUAUAUUUCAAGGCCACGUUAAAUGAACAAACCCAUUUAGUAAAGUAGCAACAGAAAUUGAAGAAACAUAAAAACGAAAUCAAAUUAUGACUUAAUUAUUGCUAAACGCCUAUUACCACAAGGACACAGAUGUUCGGUGUCAUAAUGUUUUCCUCCCCGCAGAUAACCAACCUCUGCGGAAAGUUGAUUUCGCAGCAAAAUAAAUACUCGUAGCCCAGAAAUAUUUGUUACUUGAGUAAAUUGGUCACGUCGUCGGUUUCAGGUAUAAAGCGGAUAUUGUAAAAUUAAAUUGAUUCUCUUUUGCCCGCCCCUUUUUCUUCGGUUUUUGUAGAAUUUAUUUUUCGAUUUUUGCUUUAUUCGCAUAAUGAAAAGCCGCAUGUAUAUAUUGUGGGCAGAAUAAAUAAAUAUAGAUGUUGGUUCAUCAUUCGCAUUUUCAUCAAGAAAACGUUACAAAUUUACGUGACAGAUUAGUGAGUGAUAGAUUGUGUACCAGGAAGCAGAAAAUGGCAGACGAGGAAUAUAUUUUUAAUAAAUUUCAAAUGUAUUUCAAAGCUUAACUAGAAGAGCUUUGAGUCCUGCCGCUGAGCUUGUGCUCUGCGUCCCGAUGUAAGGACAUUUAUCAAAAUGUUGAAUACAAAUUCAUAACAAAUAGGUAAACUAAAGGCUAUUCAAUAAUGUAUAGGUUUGGUACGAUAGUAUUUAAAUUAAAAGAAAUACAUUUUUUAAACAAAAUUUAGCUUGCCACUUGUUUUAUCACAACAGUCAAAAGUAUGUCCCCUCAAGGACAACAAUUAAAGCCAGAUGUGAACUAUUUUCUUGCUUAAGACUAAAUAAUUUUGAGUUUACAGCAAUAAGUUAACGGCUUUCCGCAUUUGUUCAUCAAUUAAAAGUAU